UGGCCAGUUUAGACAAAAUCUCCUUCAAGGACGAAGAGUAGAUGAGUCGCGAUGUGCGACACUUUUUAUAUAGCUGGAAUUUUAACUAGGUAACUCCAAUACCACAAAUACAUACACGAGAAAUGCAACCCGCCUACAAUGACAAGCGUAGAGUUUCGGGAUAUGCUCAUAUACUUGAAACUAUUGUGCGAAACCGUAUCAAGGACUCGCUCUUCUACAAACAGCAUCUCUACUUGACCAAUGAGCAGACCAUUCUUCAGGUGAUUGUGGAUAAUGUCAAGUAUGUGGGCGGGUUGGACUCGAGCAAUCGACCUAGUCCGUUCCUCUGCUGUCUCCUCCGUCUCCUUGAGAUUGGACCCAGUGCCGCCGUGGUGGGGCUAUACUUGAAACAACCUGAGUUCAAAUACCUCACUAUCCUCACGUUGAUAUACAUACGAUUGACCCAACCACCCACAGAAGUAUAUCAGGUGUUGGAUACGUACCGUUCCAACUACACCAAGGUACGGGUACUUUUAUCGUCGCCAGAGAUGGUGGAUGGUGUGCCGGUGAACUAUGGAAUAAUACAUAUCGAUGAGUUUGUUGAUGAGCUCGAGCGCCUGGAUCGAGUGGUGGGGGUGGUGAUGCCUCGGCUCGAGCUGCGGCGGCGCUUGGUAGCGCGUGGCAUGAUUCCCGACCGGGUCUACCAUGUCCAGACUCUUGACGAGCCUGAAUCAAGUGACUUCCUGAGUGAUAGUGAUUAAACUUGUACGGUCC